UCCGUGUCGCCCCGGGCUGGGAGCUGCCCAGCCUGGACCCGCCCGGGUGGUGGUCUGCGAAGUGGACGCCUGCAGAGGCCGCCCCAGCUGCCUGCGAGGCACCUGCCCGAGCCCCAGAGCCCCAGAGACCGCCCGCUGCUGCCCGGGCCUCGCCGCCUGCGCCGACAGAGCCCCCACGCGAGAGCCGCCCCGCAGCAUCCAUCUGAGCGCGCGAAGCAGGCCGUCGACGCCCGGGGCCGGGGAGGGGGCCGGUCUGGGCCGCAGAGAAGCCAGGAAGGGCAGCAGCAAAGAUGGGCCAGGCUAGGGAGCUGGGUGGGGACAGGAAUAUGCUUGCCAAUUCAGCCAGCGUGCGGAUUCUGAUCAAGGGAGGCAAGGUGGUGAAUGAUGACUGCACCCACGAAGCCGACGUCUACAUCGAGAAUGGCAUCAUCCAGCAGGUGGGCCGCGAGCUCAUGAUCCCUGGGGGAGCCAAGGUCAUCGAUGCCACCGGGAAGCUGGUGAUCCCCGGAGGCAUUGACACGAGCACGCACUUCCACCAGACCUUCAUGAAUGCCACCUGCGUGGACGACUUCUACCACGGGACCAAGGCCGCGCUCGUUGGAGGAACCACCAUGAUCAUUGGCCACGUCCUGCCUGACAAGGAGACCUCCCUCGUGGAAGCCUACGAGAAGUGCCGGAGCCUGGCCGACCCCAAAGUCUGCUGUGACUAUGCCCUUCAUGUGGGCAUCACCUGGUGGGCGCCCAAGGUGAAAGCAGAAAUGGAGAUGCUGGUGAGGGAGAAGGGUGUCAAUUCAUUCCAGAUGUUCAUGACUUACAAGGACUUGUACAUGCUUCGGGACAGUGAGCUGUACCAAGUGUUCUACGCUUGCAAGGACAUUGGGGCGAUCCCUCGAGUUCAUGCUGAAAAUGGGGAGCUUGUGGCUGAGGGUGCUAAGGAGGCACUAGAUUUGGGUAUCACUGGCCCAGAAGGAAUUGAGAUCAGCCGUCCAGAGGAGCUGGAAGUGGAGGCCACUCAUCGAGUCAUCACCAUUGCAAACAGGACUCACUGUCCCGUCUACCUGGUCAACGUGUCCAGCAUCUCCGCGGGUGACGUUAUCGCAGCUGCCAAGAUGCAAGGGAAGGUGGUGCUGGCCGAGACUACCACUGCACACGCCACGCUGACGGGCUUACACUACUACCACCAGGACUGGUCCCACGCAGCCGCCUACGUCACAGUGCCUCCCCUGAGACUGGACACCAACACGUCCACCUACCUCAUGAGCCUGCUGGCCAAUGACACUCUGAACAUUGUGGCAUCAGAUCACCGGCCGUUCACCACGAAGCAGAAAGCUAUGGGGAAAGAGGACUUCACUAAAAUCCCGCACGGCGUGAGCGGGGUGCAGGACCGCAUGAGCGUCAUCUGGGAGCGAGGAGUGGUCGGAGGAAAGAUGGAUGAGAACCGUUUUGUGGCCGUCACCAGCUCCAACGCAGCCAAGAUCCUCAACCUGUAUCCCCGCAAGGGCCGCAUCCUCCCCGGCGCUGACGCUGACGUGGUGGUGUGGGAUCCAGAAGCGACAAAGACCAUCUCCGCCAGCACCCAGGUGCAGGGGGGAGACUUCAACCUGUACGAGAGCAUGCGCUGCCACGGCGUGCCGCUGGUCACCAUCAGCCGGGGACGCGUGGUCUACGAGAACGGCGUUUUCAUGUGUGCAGAGGGCACCGGCAAGUUCUGCCCGCUGCGGUCCUUCCCAGACACCGUCUACAAGAAGCUGGUCCAGAGAGAGAAGACCUCAAAGGUGAGGGGCGUGGACCGCACCCCCUACCUGGGGGACGUUGCGGUGGUUGUGCAUCCUGGGAAGAAAGAGAUGGGCACCCCGCUGGCAGACACCCCCACACGGCCGGUCACCCGACACGGGGGCAUGCGGGACCUGCACGAGUCCAGCUUCAGCCUCUCUGGUUCUCAGAUUGACGACCACGUCCCUAAGCGAGCCUCGGCCAGGAUCCUCGCGCCCCCUGGAGGCAGAUCAAGCGGCAUUUGGUAAAGGCACCGACCAGCCCCCGCAAGGGAGGAUACACCGCUGCCACCUGCCGCCCGCAGCUGCAGCGGGCAGGAGAGGCUGGGCUGGGCAGCGCACUGCCUACGGGGGCCCCAGGACCCGGGGAGCCCCCUCGCCAGAACGUGAUUCACUAGGCUUCGAGCCGCCCUUAACAGGCACUUUGAGCUGUCCUCCUGCUGUGCUCCUCUCCUGCCGUGGCCUGGGUGGGCUUCUCUGGGCCCUGGAAGCCUACACUAUGCACAGAACCCGAUGCAUAGCACCUGCCCAGCCCCUCCUGUCACCACUGCCUCUUGUACUGGCUCUCGGAAGGCCCAGACUUUAGUGCCCUGGCCCUGGCCACCCGGCCUGGUGUCCAGAGCACUUUAGCAGAUGUGUUUUAUAAGUAAAGACCUCCCUCUCCUACCCCCUUAGACCCUGCGCUGACAUUUCCUAAGUCAGACAGGUGUCCGCUCCCCAGCCAUGCCCGGGACAUCCUGGGUGUGGGUGUGGUCCGGACACCCUGUGCCCUUCCCAGCCUCUUUGCACUCCACACCCAAACCCUCCGGGAGCCCAGGCCCAGAGGGGUCACUGGGCAGGGGUCCGAGGCUGGUGCCAGGCGCGUGUAAAUGGUUUUGUUUUGCACGUUUGGUUUGCGCAGUGGUUUGGUUUGACUUGUUUGUGCAUCCUGUGGAAAAUAACGGUGCUUUGUGUCACUAGCAUAGCAUAGAAACAGGAAUAGAUGUGGUCCGUAGGAGAUGCUGCACUCAGCACCAACCAGAGAGCGCGGGGUGGGGUGGGAAGGCUUGCAGCCCCUCUCGCCCCUGCCCUGGGGUUCUCCAGCUGCUGUAGGCCCUGGGCCCAGGCCCCUUUCUUCCCCUGCCAGUGGGGUUCGCUUCAUUCUGAGAGGGCCCUGGAUCUUGGCCCUGGAGACUUGCAGGCAGCAGGGGGGCCCUUCCCAUCUUUGCCCCUGGUCACUCCCAGCACUAACCCCACAUACACACACACACACACACACACACACUCACCCACACACACCCUCACCCACAGAGCUUGCUGCACCCUCCUCCUGCUGAACAGAGGCCCAACUACUCCUCCUGUGUGACUGGCAAGAGGCCUGAUGCCUGCUGAGAGCAGAAAUUGGUUAGUCAGAGGGGCCAGGGAGGGAGGCUUCACCACGGGGUGUAGUGCCCACACACCCUGCGCAGGUGCAGUGGUGUCCUAUAGUCACUGCCAUCUCCUCACUGGUGGUGGCUUCACCGCCCCGCAUGUCCCUCCCUGCUCCGGAAGCUCCUCAAAGGCUCCCCCUCCAGGAACCACAGAGCCGGAGUGACCCUCAUACACCCCAAGCAAUCUGGGAAGUAGCCUGUCGGCCUGCCCUUGAUACAUCUCAUUUCUCACUCUGGGAAGUGGUUUCAUGUCAUGCCCUGGAUUUGAGCACCCCAGCUUGCAGGAGGCCCCUGGACUCUGGGCUAAUAGUCACACCCUGCACAUGACUGUAGUGCUUUUCAUGUAUCAAAGUGCUUCCAAGUCAAGCUGUCACCUGGUCCUCCUCAUGACAGUGGAAUGUAUACAGUGGCACCUUGGUUCACAGGCACUUUUGUUGCAAACAGUUUGGUUUGUAAACAGAAGCAUUUGGCAAAUAUUUUUCUCAAACUCGGCACUGGAUGACAAAAAGGAUCGAAGCCCUCUUUCCCACACAAACACAAACAUGGCCAUAUUUUCCAAAACUGCAGAGCAAAUUAAGUUCGUGAACCGAGGUAUCACUGUAUUAUUCUCCCCAUUUUACAUAUGUGGGAAUGAGUCACAGAAGAUUUUGACCAUCUGGCCCCAGAAACAGGCCACAACAACCUUAUGGCCCUGGCUGUCUAGCCUUGCUGUGGAGGGGAGGUGUGGGGUGAUGGCUGUUGUUGAUCCCACCAAGAGCAUAACCAACUACAAGACUUACUCCCAGGUAGGCAGUCUGCUUUGUUUUGCACAAGUAGAUAGAUUGUUUUCCCCCCUCAGCUUUGCUGUAAACAAAUGAAUGCAUAUUCUUGAUUUGAGCCAGGACUCAAAAACUGUUGUAGGCUUCCCAUGUGGUUUGAGCUGCAUCCACAUCAUCCAUUCACUCCCAGUGUCCUCAUAUGGGGGCUGAGAGGACAGAGAUAGUAACCCAGGGGUCAGUCAUGGUACACAGAUAGGGGCCUGGACUGGAGAAAGCCACCACGGAUAAGGGAAACCAUGACACUGACCUCUGGUACCAUGCUCAUCUGCUUACCCCUUUUAGCCCUUGCUGGAUCGUGGCCUUGGGCAGAUGCCAAAGAGCCAAGUGGUGGUGGGGCCAGCUGGGCAGAGCACCCUGCUUGGGCUAGCGAAGCUUCACCCUCUCUGAGUGCCUCCACCCAACGAUGCGGGACUCAGGGCACUGAGAGGCUGCAUCUACGAGGAGUCCAUUGUGGGCCUUCCAUUUCAUCCACCCCCACCCUUCCAUAGACCCUGCCCUUGCCUAGGAGCUUCUAGAUGGAAAUCAGAAGGAGGUUCAAGGAGCCAAACGGACAGCCACCCCCAGACCCACCCCCUGCCCCAUGCAGAGCUCCAACCAGCUCUGUCACCAACCCCGAUGGCCCUUGCUGAAACACAGAGGGUCUCUGGUUGCACCGAAUGCAGCUCUCAAACUGGUCUUGUACUUACUGAAUAAAUACUGUUGUUCCUGCCUUAGCUGCUCUCUAGGUUUGUGGGGUUAAGUUACCAGGAAAUUGUGCUACUGUGUGUGCGUGUGUGCGUGUGUGUAGUGCUAGGAGUCCACAGUAGGUCCCUGUCAAGCCGAUGCCGUGAUGAGGGCUUUUCCCAUACUGACCCAGAAACCACAGAACCCCAUACUGACCCAGAAACCACAGAACCGCGUGGAAACCCAAACCCUCUCCAGCUGCUGAGACAGCAGGCACAGCCUGGGGUCAGGAUGGAGCCUCCAGCACCCAAGUGACUUCCUCACUCCUCUGUAAAUGUCAUGGUGCUAAGAUUGUGUCAACCCCAAGACGACACACCGUCCUGUGCUUUGGCCACCGUUUGAGGCAAAAACAAAACAGCCCAACACAUUGUGUUCUGGUACAGGUUUGUAUUAAACUGUAGCUACUUCUUG